AUGGUUGAGCUUAGACAGAAAUAUUCAGUAGGCAUCACCAAAGGAAAAGCUUGGAGAGCAAAAGCAAUGGCUGAGGAAAUAAUUGAAGGUGAUAAUAUGUUGUGGAGUUAUGCAGCUGAGUUGAGAAAACAUUGUGCUGGUAAUACUGUCAAGAUAAACACUGAGAGACCACAUCCAACACUACCACCAAGAUUUGGGAGGUUUUAUUUAUGUUUGGAUGGCUGCAAGAAAGGGUUUACCCAUGGUUGUAGACCAUUUAUAGGUGUAGAUGGGUGUCAUCUUAAGACACAAUAUGGAGGUCAGUUGUUAAUUGCUGUAGCAAGGGACCCAAAUGACCAAUAUUAUCCUUUGGCAUUUGGUGUGGUGGAGACUGAGACAAAGGAAGGCUGGAGAUGGUUUAUGCAAUUGCUAAUGGAAGACAUUGGAUCUGAGAGAAAGUAUGUUUUUAUAUCAGAUCAACAAAAGGGGCUUGUUAGUGUUUUUGAGGAGAUGUUUGAACAAAUAGAACAUAGGGUAUGCCUCAGACAUUUGUAUGCAAAUUUCAAGAAUAAAUUUGGUGGUGGAGCUGCCAUUAAGGACCUUUUAAUGGGGGUUGCCAAGGCGACAUACUUCCAGGCAUGGGAGAAGAAGAUGAAUGAGCUUAAGCAACUUGAUAAGAAGGAAUGGGAUUGGUUGAUGGGAGUGCCAAAAAAACUGUGGUGUAAGCAUUCUUUUUCAUUUUACCUUAAGUGUGAUGUUUUGAUGAAUAACUUGAGUGAAUAUUUCAAUAGUACCAUAUUACAAGCUAGGGAUAAACCAAUACUCACUAUGGUAGAAUGGAUUAGGAACUAUAUCAUGAAUAGGAUUGCUAAUAGUAUUGUGAAGCUUGAUAAGUGGAAGCAUAAUGUCAUGCCUAAUCCUAGGAAAAAGCUUGAUAAGGAAACUCAUUUUAGUGGAGAAUGGCUGCCUACAUGGAGUAGUGGUGAUUUGUGGAAAGUUCAUCACCCAUAUAAUGGGUUGCAGUUUUUUGUUGACAUUGGGAAGAAAACUUGCACUUGUUGCUUUUGGGGUCUUGUAGGCAUACCUUGUAGACAUGCUGUUUCUGCAUUGCAAUAUCAAAAUUUAGAUCCUGAGAAGUAUGUUGACCCUUGUUACAUGAGAGAUGCUUACAAAGCAUGUUAUGAAAACAAUGUUAGUCCAAUAAAUGGCAUGGACAUGUGGCCCACUGUGGAUGUUGAAAAUUUGUUGCCACCACAAUACAAGAAGGGACUUGGAAGGCCUAAGAAACUGAGGUUUAGAGAGUUGGAUGAGAGUGGAUCAAGGAUGAGAAGGGUAGGUGUAUCAUAUAGAUGCACAAAGUGUGACAAAUUGGGCCACAAUUCUAAGAAGUGUCAAGCUACUGAGCAACAUCCUAAUGCACUCAAGAGAAAGAGAAAGACACCCAGUACCAAAGUAUCAACAAAACCUGUAGCUGCUGAACCUUCUACUGAACAGGCUCAAGCUGGUGGAAAUAUGGAAGCUCAAACUGAGGCAGCUCCAACUUCUACUGCACAAGAGCCAUCUGUGAUUGAAGACCCAGAGUUAGAUGCAUUGCUUAAUGAUAUGAUGGCUCUCUAUAAAGAACAAGAAUCACAAGUUGAUAAUCUCACACAACCUGCUGUUAUGUAA